GGAGGAGUGGCGCCACCGCUAGUCCUGGCUGCAUGGAGCCACGCCUGUGCAGCAUCUCCGCGAGUGUGCAGGCUGCCUGGCCAGGAGACCACAGGCUCAGCACCGGGUGUGUCACUGGGGAGGAGGUGAUUGCUACCCUCUGCUCUGGACUCCUGACUGAUUUCAUGCACACUGGUUACUGCGUGACCUUAAAGCAUCUGUGUUUAUCAGCGGAACGAAUGCAGCUUGCAAGAGAAAUAGGUCUCAGCACCCAACCAUGAAUAGAAGUGUGAUCAUCCCGGAGGACCCCUGCCCGACGUCCCAGGGACUGACCAUCUUCCUGAUCGCCUCCUAUUCCUUGGUGAUGGUGCUGGGGUUGCUGGGCAAUGUAGGGCUGAUCUGCAUCAUUGCCCAGCAGAAAAAGAACACCAAUGUGACCAGCAUCCUCAUUGCCAACCUCUCGGUCUCCGACAUUCUAGUCUGUGCUUUCUGCCUGCCCUUCACUGUAGUGUACACCCUGAUGGAUCACUGGAUCUUUGGGUCUGUUCUGUGCCGGUUGACACCCUUUGUCCAAUGCAUGUCGGUAACAGUCUCCAUCCUAUCCCUGGUGCUCAUCGCCCUGGAGCGCCACCAGCUGAUCAUCAACCCCAGUGGCUGGAAACCCAGUGUGCCCCAGGCAUACCUGGCAGUUGUGAUCAUCUGGAUGCUUGCCUGCUUCACCUCCUUGCCAUUCUUGGCCUUCCACCUGCUCACCAGCGAGCCCUAUAAGCUGCAGCCUGAACCCCAGAAUGAACCUGAGGAGGAGAAGGAGGUGUGCAUGGAGAACUGGCCUUCGCAGCAGCACAAGUUGGCUUACACCACCUGGCUCCUGGUCUUCCAGUACUGCGGGCCACUGCUCUUUGUGCUGAUUUGUUAUCUGCGCAUCUUCAUGCGGCUGCGGCGCCGCCGGCACAUGCUAGACCGCAGCUCCGAGGAGAACCGGCGCAUGAGUCACAGCAAACGCAUAAAUAUCAUGCUGGCUGUCCUGGUCACUGCCUUCGCCAUCUGCUGGCUGCCGCUCAAUACCUUCAACGCAAUAGCAGACUGGCACGACGAUGCCAUCGCGCACUGCCACCACAACCUGGUCUUCUCACUCUGCCACCUGAUGGCCAUGGCCUCCACCUGCGUAAACCCCGUCGUCUAUGGUUUCCUCAACAGCAACUUCAGAAAGGAGGUGAAAGACGCCGUGCAGCACUGCCGCUGCUGGCCACCAGAGGACGAUUACGAGCACUUUCCCCUUUCUACCAUGCAGGUUGAGGUAUCCAGAACAUCGCUACGCCUCAGCUGCAGGAACAACUCAGUUUAA